AUGACCCCAGCCUCAACAACACCAAAGAGGACACGAGCUUGCACCUUUUGCAGGGCCAAGAAGAUCCGAUGCGGGGGCGGUAAUCCUUGCCGCAACUGCGCAGACUAUGGGGAGGAAUGCAUCUUCCGCCCGCGAAAACGGCGUCAGAAGAAGCGCGACAUCACAGCCGACCAGGGAGAGCAGGGCGCGCCGGAAAAGAGCGUCCCAGACGGCGGACAGUAUGUCUUCGAGGCCGAAUCGCAUCAUCCUACCAGUCAGCGAAACCCAGGUGCCAAUGUGCGUGUCCAGUCGUUUUCGCCGCAGGGCAUCAGCCCGUAUGAGGACUCGGUCAUUCAUGUCGGGGCGUUGCCCUUUCGCAGCAGUAGCCAUGCGACGUUUGACCCUAACCAUCGGCAUAUCCACGGUCCUCACUCGAGGACGCUGGAAAGCUCGGCAUAUGGCGAGUACCCGGGGAAAGAAUAUACCACCGUGGCCUCGGCCUCGCAGCCCAGCAUCAUGAUGGUCGGCCACGGCUGGCAUGUUGCACCGCCAACACCUCAACCGUCGUCCAUGACGACAACGUCUCACAGCAGCUCUGCACCGUUACUCCAUGCGUCGAGGGGUGCUGAUGAGGAGGGAAGCAGUGUCUAUUCAAUGCUAAGUAAUGGCCUCGAGUAUCACGGUCCUCGGAGCAUCAUGUCCAUGUGUAGCAAGCCAGCCAUCGAGUGGGUGAGGGAGAGGGUCAAGACUCCGGACAUGCAAGUGACGUCGCAGAGGUUUGCAGAGGGCGUUGCCCAGCGACUCAAAAUGGACAGGCCCUUGUCGUUUGAGCGGCAACCAGAACCUUCAGAGCUGGAUGCCUGGAGAUAUGCUAAAGCUUAUUUCGACGAGUCCCAUGACGCUGCCCUCGGCAUCGUCCACCGCCCUUGGUUUGAGAUGAAACUCCGAAGUCAUUUUAUUUCCUCCAACUCCAGAGAUGAUCCGGCUUGGUACGCCCUGCGCAACAUUGUAUAUGCUUCUGGUUGCCGCAUCGUCACGUCCAAAGUGGCAACAUUCCACGAGGCGCAACAGGCUUCGUGGCCCUUUUUUGAAAACUCGCUUUCUGUGCAUACACAGCUGUUGUACUGGCAGACCACGGUGACUGGCGUCCAGGCACUGACUGCCAUGGCCUACUUCACCGAUGCAAUCAGCAGCCCGAUACUACAAUACAUGCUGUGUUCAAUGGCAGUCAGGCUUGCCGUAGCCAAAGGCAUGCACCGGAGACCACAUUCUUGGUCAUUCCCAUCGAUAGAGGAGAGUCUCAGGGGCUUCACCUUCUGGGCUCUCUACUGCUUGGACAAGCAGAUAGCCAGCCGCUCUGGUCGACCUUCGUCAAUCGAGGACUACGAAAUAAGCUCCCACGUACCGACAUGCUGCCCACUUGGCGGGUCAGUCCACUUGGGAUAUUUCACAGCCAUGAUCAAGCUCAGUCAGCUGCUAUCUUUGGUCAAUAAGAAACUUUCUCAGGUCAGAUCCACUGGCUCCGCGGCUGAAGGACUUGUCAAAGUCAUCCAGGACCUAGACCACAGCCUCGAGGAGCUGCAACAAUCACUUGUCGAUGUGUUGGGUGUCAAACUGCCACUAGACCUAUCCAACAUUCCCGCCAACCUGAACAACCACCAAGCUCUCUCCAUCCAAUCCCUCUACUACAAUGUGGUUUGGGACAUACACACCCCAUUAACCUACCCCUGGCUUCGUGGAGCCUUUGCUCUUGACCAAGAUGCUCCGACAAGGGCGCAGAUCCAGGCUUCUUCAUCAACAGUCGCUACCAGCUCAAGAGCUGCCGUUCUAGGCACCAGGCACAUCUACCUGGAUCCAAACUGUUGUCAACUCAUAGUUUCCUACGUCCCCCACCACGCACUGGCGAAUAUCUUUGUCCAUAUCCUCACGGAUCCUACGCAGGCAUCGGUAAAAUCCGAGCUGGCCCUGUUAGACAUUGGAGUAGGCUUCGCGGCGCGCGUCGACCUCGACACCGAAUCCUAUCUAUCACUGCCAUUCAUCGGGGAAAUGGCCAUCAUGGCGCGCAAUGCCGUCGACAAUGCGGAGCGAAACGCAGUCGACAGGGAUACACCCUUGUCCAAUGCCAACAGCGCCGUCAAAGAGCUCUCCACGCCAUUCAGUGGCCGAGCGUCAAACAUGGCGGUUAACGAGCGACAGGGGGAUGAGGAGCUCAGCAGCGGUUUGCCAGCGGAACAGUUGCAGAUUAAUGACGGGCUUCAUAGAGACGUAAGGCGAUUUUCUUCGUUUUGA